AUGAAUCCUAUAUCGACCAGAUUGACGAAACUCCUUGGUAUAUCAACACCGAUUGCUUUAGCGCCUAUGGCAAAGUUAUCUUCGACUGAAGUGGUCUCUGCUAUUACCUUGGCUGGUGGAUUCGGAUUUUUGGGUGCUGGGGCCGACACAUCGGAGCAGAUCGUAGACCAACUAAGUAGUCUUCGGUCACAAUUCAGCCUCCAACAGACGGACGUGAUUCCUGUCGGUGUUGGAUUUCUCGGAUGGGUACUAGACAAGACUGAUCUGAAGGAAGACCCCCGCAUUGAGAAAGCGCUUUCAGAAAAGCCCAAAGCGGUCUGGUUUGCGUUUGGCAAUGAUUUGGGGAAGUAUGUCAAGAUGGUGAAAGAUUAUGACUCCAAGAGAGAUCAUAAAACAUUAAUUUUUGUAAUUGUUAAUUCGGUGGAUGAUGCGACUAGGGCGGCGAAUGAGUGGAAGGUUGAUGGGCUGAUUGUGCAAGGGGCCAAAGCACCUUCUCUUUCCAUCUUGCUGAGCGCAGUCGACGAAGUCAUCGCAGAGGAUGGGCCUGUACUGGUUGCUGCCGGGGGCAUCGCUAACGGAGGACAGAUCGCUUCGUUGCUCACUUUGGGUGCAUCUGGUGUGGCGUUGGGGACGCGGUUUCUCCUAAGCAAGGAGUGUAAGUUUAUGCCCGAGAAAAAGGAGAUACUUGUCGCUGCAAAUCUUCAUUCGACGACUCGAAGCAUCGCGUUUGAUGAAGUCACUCGGAGCACUGAGUGGCCUAAAGAUGUCGAUGGACGUGCGAUCGCCAAUAGGAUCAUAGACGACGUGGAAGGUGGUCUGGGAUUGGAGGAGAGGUUGAAGCGGUUUGAUGAAGGAAAUGAAAGGAAAGAGAAAGACAGAUUAGUUGUAUGGGCAGGUGCCGGUGCUGGGUUGACGAACGAAAUCAAGAGCGUCUCUGAUAUUGUUGCGGAGCUGCAUGGAGAAACAGUGAAAGCCUUACGACGUGCAACUACGCUGGUCCCUUCAACUUGA